CCACACCUUCAGUGGGCAAGCUCAUGCUGGGAUCGAAGCGAACAGGGGGACCCCCCGGGUAUAUAAUGGCCGUUCCCGCUCGCAUCAACUCCACGUCCUCCUUCACUCUCCCCCACCCUCACCAAGCAAAGAACCAACUCCAACAUUGCUCCAUCACGUUAUAACAAUCAACAUGCGGCAUUGUGAGACUGACCCAGAUUUCGAGAGUGAGCUCUUCGAAGAGGUCAAGGCAGCGUUGAACGCAAAGUUUGGGGUUUCCCAAUAUGCUCUCCCGCUGCCGCUUCUCCUCGUCGAUGUAUUUGCGGAGACGCAACUGCUGUGCCAAGAACCUGCGGAGGAGACCAUCGCCAUUAGCGCCCACAUGUCGGUGCGCAUUCGUGCCUUUUACGAGCAGAUGGCCGCUGCCUACAACGGGACCGAGGAUCCGCCAGCCAGCAUCGGCAUCAAGCUCGAAAUCCAGCCGCAGAACUUUGAGCCAGAGGCGCCAGAAUGCCACCAUCGCAGGUAUCACUCGCGCCGCCUGCAGCUGCACGACCCCGAGACACUGCCAGAUCUGCCCUUUGUGAGCAGCCUGACCAUCAGGUCAAGGUCGUACGGCUCCGAUGCCGAAAACGCGACAGACAUACGCCCUCUGUCUCCCCUCGUGCCGCUGCAGUGCCUUGUCCACCUGCCGGCUGUCCAAGAGUGGAAUGCCCCCUGGUUAUGGGAGCGGCCCAUGCCCUCCCCCAUACCGAGUAGGGUGAUGCGCGAGCACUACACCUGGCCGUGGGAGGGCCCCCUGCGAGACGCCCGCCACGAGUUCGGCGCCGCCAUCAUGGACCAGGAGAAGCACCUCUGCGGGAAAAGGAUCCCCGCCAGUCUGACCAGGGCCUCACUGCACUUCUGGCCUUUCUUCUCGCUCCCCAAGCAGGACCAGUCCAUGGCCCGGCCGAACCUGAUCCAUCCCGCGGAAAAAGACCCGGUGUCUGUCGGUCUGUGCAAGCUCGGUGCCCAGCUAAGCCUGUUCGAUGUGCGUGCUGUCGUCACUCCAGACCUGUUCCCCAGUCCCGAGGCAUCAACCGACCAUCAGUGGUCACAGAUGCGGCGAUUCCGGCUCGAGUUUCAUUCCCUCCGUCCAGACGGGCGGUGGUACUUCGUUGGCCCCGGUGGCGAGGAUCCGCAUGACUCUGAACAAGGAGGAUACAAGAUCUCAGACACCGAACACUACCCUCGCGAGACCGACACGGACGAGGACAUGGACGUCGACGCCGAGUACGGCGACAACCCGGACAACGAGUAUGAUUACUAUCUAGACAUGUUCCGCACCGAGCCCUGCAGGGAGCGCAUCGAGCCCCUGCUUGCGGCGUUUGCCAAGUCUCUGUCCCGCGACAAUAUGCCGAGCCUCGUGGACGCCGAGAUAUUCACGCACCUGUGGUGGGUUCCUUCAGACGACAUAGAAAUGAAGGAAUAUGGUCUGCCGAUGAAAAAGGGCCACAGAUGGGGUGUCAAGUUCAUUGCUGGGCGUGAUAGUAAAAAGCAAAAGGACGGCGAUGCUGCUGCUGCGGCACCAUCACCACCGGUUGUGCAGUGGCAGGUUGGUGACUGGAGACCCAGCGAGGAGGUCAUGAGUUUGUUCGAAAGCCUAGGACGGCAGGAGUGGCUCGACCUCGAGUGGCACAGGUAUAGAUGUUCGGCGGGGCGCGACCUACUGGGAAACAGCGAGUCUUCACCCAUAUAGUCGGGCGGGCAACCAGAAUCCUUUGUUGGGGAUUUCGAGAACAAGUGGUCUGAUACCUUUUUAGAAAUGGCGGGUUGAACAUGCGAUUGCAGCAGCCGGGAGGGCAGGAACGUAAGCUCAUUAUCAUCAAGUAUCCUGAGGAGUUCCGCACAUGGUCAUUUCGGCAGAUGCUCAAGAUAAACAACUACUACUACUGCGUCUAUUCCAGCCUGGACAGAUCUCAAAAUGAGAAUGCAGGCUUACAUGUCGUGAAUGAACGUUCUUUGAACUUUGAGUGAUUCUGUAGCAGUAUUUGUUGUGAAACGUGAGGUGGUUGUGGUGGUGAAGAAGCGUUGGCCGAUGACCGAAGCAAGCGUCCCUUGAGAUCAUGGCUUUGCCAGUAGCGAGGCGGUAUACAGAAAUGGCCUCCUGAGGAGCCAGGCGGUAAAUGCUACAGCUGCAGCAAGCACAGUCCUUCCUCAAUCAC